AUGUUUUAAGAGCAGUACCAAAAUCUGAUGAUCAAUUAAAAAGAUCUUGCUAAUUUGAAUUUAUUAUGUAUAAACUGUAAUUAAAUAAUUUUUAGCAAAUUAUAUUAAGAUUGGGAGUGGAUAUUAAGCAGUUAGGAGAAUUUUCAAGAAUGUGCAGUAUGAUUAGUUUGAGAAAUAACAAUUAAAAGAAUUAAAGGGAUUUAUGGAUUCCAUUCCUAUAUAAUAUUUAAAGGAGUAUGUUUAGUGAUAAUAUUUGAGGGUUUAGAAUGAUUCUGUAUUAUUACGAUUUUUAUAUGCUCAUAAAUUUAUGAAGGAGGAGACAGUUAAUUAUUUUGUUGAUCACUUAGAUUGGCUAAAUAAUCCAGAAACAACAAUAUUAGAUGACCUUCCUUAAUAUGAUAAAAUAGUGUAAAUUAUAGGUAGGGAUGAAAUGUUAAGACCCGUAUUACAUAUAAAUUUAUGUUAACCUUUGGAUAAUCAUUUUAUCAAGGCAAUUACAAAUAAAUUAAUAUUGAUGGAAGAUUAUAUGUUUGCACCAGGUAAAGUGGAAAGUUGGAUUAUAAUUAUUGAUUUAAGUUAAUUCAAUCCAAACGUUUAGAAAGAAUAAAUUGAAUAAGCAAUUUAACAUUUUAUUACAAAUUUUCCAAUGUCAUUAGAACACAUCUAUUUUCUAGAUGCAAGUGAAAUAUUAAAAUAAAUAGGUGAAAGUUUAUUGAAUUAGAAAGAAUUUAAAAUAUUUGAUUCAGAAGAUAAAAUUUCUAUUAUAAAAAAAGCUGAAUUUAAAAAAGAAAAGUUAUAGUUGCUUUCUCCAGAAUAUAAUUAUUUAUUUGAUGUUGAAGAAACAAUAUUUUAAUAAACAUCUCAAAAGUCUUUAUCUUAAUUAGUUAUUAAUUAACCAUAACCUACAUUAUAUGGUUAACCACAGAAAGCUUAAUAAAAUGCUGAUCUUAUUGGACCCUUGUAUCCUUUAGUUGUUUAUGCAGUAUCACAACCUUAACCAUAUGUUCCUGAGAUCCAUGAUAAAGAAUUAUAAUAAUACACUAAUUAAAAAUAAAUUCCAACUUUCUUUUUAGAUACUUAGAAUUAAUUUUGUCAAAAUUAUUAACCUUUUAAAGAUAAUACUAAUGUACAUUAAAAUAAUUAACAAUUUAAUGCCAUACCAUAAUAGUAAUCUAACAAAAGAGUUGUACCUUAAUUUUAAUCCCAAAUGACCUUUCAAAAUACAGAUUAUUCUAUGUAUUAAUUAGAUAAAUAUAUGUAGGAGAACAAAAUAUGAUGACAUCAUUGAUUAAUACAAUUGGAAUAAAUAUGGAAUUGCAUAAUCAUAGCCUAUCAUAGAUACAGAUAAAAUAAUACAUGAUGUAACAAAUUAGCAUUCAUCAUAAUAUCAAAUUAAUUCACCUUAAUAAUAAACUCCAACACUACCAGGUACAGAAAAAACUAUUAAGAAAUUCGAUAUUAAUAAUAAUCAAGAUAUUCAUUCAACUGGAGGAUUUUAUGAAGAUCCUAUUCUUCAUUAAAAUGAUUAUGUUUAGCCAUCUUUUUAAAGUGAUCAAAAACAUUUGCCAAUCAAACAUUUUGAUUUUGAAAAUACAUCUCCAUAAUUAAAUAAACCAUUAAGAAAUAUAUAAUCAGAUCCACGAUUUCUACCUGAUAUUGAUCAAUAUCCUCAAAUACAUUAGUAAAUAGAAAAAAAAUUUGAGUUUGGUCCAAUACCAGCAAGACCAUCUGAAUAAUCAUAUACUCCAUCUUAUAUAGCUUCAGAUAAACCUUAUAUUCCAGAAAAGAUCUUAGAUAUACCAAUGUAUCAAAACAAUUAUUUUUAACAGCAGCAACAUCAAACUAUUCCAAUAACUUCUUUACCUCAAACAUCUGGAUAUUCACCUUAUCAGCCAUAAACACCAUUUAGUCCUAUUCCAAGUAGUACUAAUUUAUAUAUUCCUCCAACAUAUCCAUUAACAACUACAAACAAAUCAUAUCUAUAGAAUUCAACCUAACCAAAAUUAAUUGAAUAAGAUGGAAUCAAAUUUCAGGAUGAAACUAUGGUUGUUGGAGAUCUUGAUCAUAGACCAACUAAAAAUUCAAAUAGAGAUCCUGCACUUGAUUAAUAAUAAUGUUCAAUUUUUUGA